AUGUGGAAUACUGAUAAUGAUACAACAUACUGUCUUUCUGAUAAUGAAUCUAAAGCCUUAAUGGAAAGAAUUCAAUUUUUUAUCACACCAAAUGGUGGUGAAGACACAUUCAACAUUAAAUUGUCACCAGCCUCUCCUAAAUAUAACCACACAAGAGUCAAGGAAGCCAAGACAUUAAUAGAAAGAAGUGUAGUAGCAAGAAUGAAUCCUGAUUCAGCAAGAAAUGUAACUUGGAGACAGAAUUUAUGUUUUACACUUCCAUUUGGUCCAAUUUCAGAUUUAUUCUUCUCUCAGUUAACUCAAUCCAAACCAUCAUCUGUUAAACUUACAUCUAAGUAUUACUAUAUGGAAGGCAAAUCCUCUAAAGGUUUGAAACUUGAUACAAAAGUGUAUGUAUGGGAUGAAGAUAAUAUGCCAAGUUUAAAAUCUGAACAUUGGUUUUUGAAAAAGUGGAAUGGGAAGAAUGAUACGUUUCGAGCUAGAUGUAUUCAGUUUACUUUAACUUACAGGCCUCAACUUGACAUUAUUCGUGUUGAAUUUAAAUAUACAACUCAAAAGUGGAACAAUAUUCUACAAGCUUGGCAAGAUAUUACAUACACAUUUAACCAAUUGUUAUUAAUGUGGUUGACUAAUACAAGACUUGGAAGGUCAUUAUUGAAUCAAGCAAUUAAUUCAGUAGAAGACAAACAUCUCAAAAAGCAUUCACAAUUAGGUUAUACAAUCAGCAAACGAGCCAAAACAAGGAUAUCGGUUGUUGCAAUGGGUACAUCUUGGAUUAGGACAGGUAUAUCUAUUGGAAAAUAUAUCAAAUUCAAGAAAUUCAUCCAUCCAUACGAUCCAAAAAAAGCUAUUCCAAGUGGAGACGACAUCAAGGGUUUCUCAGGGAGUAUCAGGACUUGGUUAACAAAAACAGCUCCUUUUAAAAUAAUUUCAGAUACCACCAAAUCAUAUUACACUAUUUCUAAUGGGGUUGCAUUUUUGAUGGAUGCUGUCAGAGUGUUUGUUAAAGAGAACUUGAUAGAAAAUGCGAGCAUAUUUCUAAAGUAUUCUUGGGAUUCAAGAAUUGCUGUUCAAUCAACGCCUACUGUAUUGACGGUUUCAUUAGCAGGUAAUAAUAUUUCAAUUGAAAAUUGUAUUACAUUAUCUGCUUUCAAAACAAAUGAGAAAGUUGCACUUCAACAUACAGGAGCAUGGAAAUGCAUGCAAGAAAUGUUACGAAUGUCAUCUAUGCAUUUUGAAAAUAAGUUAUAUUCUGUUACUCACAUUGUUUCACCUGAUUUGUGUGCAUUAAGGGCGUCUGUGAAUUUACAUGAAGUACAGCAACCAGUUAGAAAGGUGUGGAUGUAUCAACAAGCUGCAUUGGUUUUGGAAAUGAGCUUUAAUGGCCAAGAUUACUCCGAAUUGCUUGUAAAUCAACAGAAUUCUCAACUAAGAGAUAGACUGAUGUAUUGGAGAAAUCAAGUUUCAAAUUCAACAUUUUAUUCUCAACUAGAUUGUGAUACCAUUAUCCCAAUAGAAGUAGUUGAUGGUAUAUACAGGUUGAAACAUCUUCCAUCAAUUCCAUCCUGUGCUGACGAUUUUUUAAGACAUUAUUGGGUUGAUCAGCAACUUUUCCAUUUAAUAAUCAAUAAUUUGAAUACCAAAUUCUAUGCCACUAGUGGUGAAACCUUAACGACUUGCCCAUUUUGUUUUUAUUCAUGGAAAAUGAGAAAGUUUUAUUUCAAAUUCCAAGAUUUGAAGAUUUGGCAGUGGAAAAGAACGGAUGAUCAUUGGAAGAACUGUAUUGGGUAUAGUUUGAAAAAUACUGGUAUUUGUAUUGCUCACGGAUUGAAUAGAAUCAUGUAUACAAUGUUAGCAUUAACUAUAGGUUCGAACGAAGAUGAUAUGAGAUAUUUUGCAGCAUUAUUCAACACUGGAUCUAUUGACGACAGAUUCCUCAAUAAGCAAUUGAUGAAACCAUAUAUCAGAUCAGAUUUGUUACUGUAUUAUGAUAACAUUGUUUGGACAAAUAAUGGUAUUAAAGUUAAAGAAACCAACCCACAAAAUCAAGCACGGAAUAAUGGAGUUGGAUCAACAACAGUUGAAUUUAAUCAACUACUAUUCAAAAUGACAGACAAAAUCGUUGUCACAUUUGAUGUAUGGUUCCCAAUUAUGCAGAAAUAUUUUGAGGAGAGGAAUAGAAUAAGUUCAUUAUCCAGAAUAUCUCAAUGUAUUGCUCAAAUGCAACAAGAACAACAAAUUGCUGAAAGGCCGAAAUUGGAUGAUAAUAUAAAGCGAUUAUGGAGGAAUUUUCAAGAUGUAUGGAAGUUGUGCUAUGAUGAUAGAGACGUUUGGAACGCUUAUAAGGCUAAUGAUUAUAUUCUUCCAAAAUUAAUUCUAGAGAUUUUCCACAAAUCAAUGUACAAGAAUGUAGGCGAGUCUGCUAAUGGUAUUGCCGAUUAUGUUCAUAUCAUUUGUUUCCAUCUAAUUGAAUUAUUUGAGAAAUUCGGGCUUGCCCCAUGGGAAUAUCAUAAUAUUGAUUCAGAAGCUUUACAUUCGCAUCAGAAGACUACUGAAAAUGCAACAACUUUAAAUGGUGGAUGCUUUCAUGAUGAAACAGAGGAUUUGCUUGUUAUGGAUUUGAAGAAAUUCUUCUGUAGAUUGGGUGAUGACUCUUUCUUGUGUGAUAUCUAUGAUAAUAAUAAAGCUGUUUCUUAUAGAUAA